GUUCUACUGGGACCUGAUAAUGCUGUUCCUCAUGGUGGGGAACCUCAUUAUCAUCCCUGUGGGCAUCACCUUCUUCAAGGAUGAGCACACUCCCCCCUGGAUCGUCUUCAACGUCAUCUCAGACACCUUGUUCCUCAUCGACCUGGUCCUCAACUUCCGGACGGGCAUCGUCAAGGAGGACAACACAGAGAUCAUCCUGGACCCACAGAAAAUCAAGAUCAAGUAUCUGAAGAGCUGGUUCGUGGUGGACUUCAUCUCAUCCAUACCAGUAGAUUACAUCUUCCUCAUCGUGGAGACCAGGAUCGACUCAGACUUCUACAAGACGGCCCGGGCGCUGAGGAUCGUGCGCUUUACAAAAAUCUUGAGUUUGUUGAGACUGCUCCGGCUGUCCAGGCUCAUCAGAUAUAUACACCAGUGGGAAGAGGUGAGAGAGACUUGGAGUAGGUAGGAGGAGGUAGGAGGUAGGGAGGUAGGGGGGUAGGGAGGUAGGGUGUAGGGGGGAAGGGGGGGUAGGGGGUAGGGAGGUAGGGAUUUAGGGGGUAGGGGGUAGGGAGGUAGGAGGUAGGGAGGUAGGAGGUAGGGAGGUAGGGAAGUAGGAGGUAGGGAGGUAAGGAGUUGGGGGUAAGGAGGUAGGGAGGUAGGGAAGUAGGAGGUAUUGAGGUAAGGAGUUAGGGAGGUAGGGAGGUAGGAGGUAGGGAGGUAGGAGGUAGGGAGGUAGGAGGUAGGGAAUUAGGAGGUAGAGGGUAGGGAGGUAGGAGGUAGGGAGGUCGGAGGUAGGGAGGAAGGAGGUAGGAGGUAGAGAGGUAGGAGGUAGGGAGGUGGGAGGUAGAGGGUAGGGAGGUUGGGAGGUAGGAGGUAGGGAGGUAGGAGGUAGGAGGUAGGGAGGAAGGAGGUAGGAGGUAGGGAGGUAGGGAGGUAGGAGGUAGGAGGUAGGGAGGUAGGAGGUAGGGAGGUAGUAGGUAGGGAGGUAGUAGGUAGGGAGGUAGUAGAUAGGGAGGUAGUAGAUAGGGUGUAAGUAGGAGGAGAAGAUCCUUAAUUUGUUGAUCUGCUAAAGCUCCCCAGGCUCAUCAGAUAUAUAAACCAGUGGAAGGACGUACAGUAGGGAGCAGGGUUGUGGUGACCCGGUCAAUUCAAAAAGUAAAUGUCAAUUUUCUUGGAAUUGAGAGAGAGAGAAUUUCCUUUCGUAAGAGGAUGAAAGACUCAUAGUGUCUUUCCCUUCUAGGGAGGUUUGGGAAGCACCAGGAGGUAGGGCUUGGGGAGCACCAGGAGGUAGGGCUUGGGGAGCACCAGGAGGUAAGGCUUGGGGAGCACCAGGAGGUAAGGCUUGGGGAGCACCAGGAGGUAAGGCUUGGGGAGCACCAGGAGGUAAGGCUUGGGGAGCACCAGGAGGUAGUGCUUGGGGAGCACCAGGGGGUAGGGCUUGGGGAGCACCAGGAGGUAGGGCUUGGGGAGCACCAGGAGGUAGGGCUUGGGGAGCACCAGGAGGUAAGGCAUGGGGAGCACCAGGAGGUAAGGCUUGGGGAGCACCAGGAGGUAGGGCUUGGGGAGCACCAGGAGGUAGGGCUUGGGGAGCACCAGGAGGUAAGGCAUGGGGAGCACCAGGAGGUAAGGCAUGGGGAGCACCAGGAGGUAAGGCAUGGGGAGCACCAGGAGGUAAGGCUUGGGGAGCACCAGGAGGUAGGGCUUGGGGACAGGAUUGGGAUCAAUUACAUUUCAACUCAGUCAACUCUGGAAGUAAACUGACAUUCCAAAUUUGAGUUUACUAAUUGAAUGGACUGAAUUGAAAUGGAAUUGACCCCAACCCUGGACAGAAGACAGUGAUCUGCUCUCUCAUUCAUUGUAGAUGAUGAACCCCAGUCAUAGUAACCACUUAACCAUAUACCUACUCUCGUUUCAAUGUGCUGCUUUACAAUUUCAAUUAUUUGAUAUGACAUAUUACUGGUUCAGAUAUGACAUAUUACUGGUUCAGAUAUGAUAUAUUACUGGUUCAGAUAUUACAUAUUACUGGUUCAGAUAUGACAUAUUACUGGUUCAGAUAUUAUAUAUUACUGGUUAAGAUAUGACAUAUUACUGGUUCAGAUAUGACAUAUUACUGGUUCAGAUAUGAAGUAUAUAAUACUAGUUUAGAUUCUCUGUGUGUUGCAUUUGCAUAAAGUUCUGAUAUCAGUAAUUGAGGUGUAAUUGACAAAGCAUCCCGUAACUCCAUCCCAUACUCAAUUAGACGUAUACUUAGAUCCAAUCAUCAUGUGUACACACACACACGCGCGCAUGCACACACGCGCGCACGCACGCACGCACACACACACACACACACACACACACACACACACACACACACACACACACACACACGCACGCACGCACACACACGCACACACACACACACUGAAAAGAGCCACCACACAUAUUGUUGAAAUGACAUAACAAUGCAUAUUGUCACUUUACUUUGCUGGCUGCAGAGAAUAGACUAGCAGUGUUCUCAGUGGGAUCUUUUACCACUGUAAAGAGAAUAGACUAGCAGUGUUCUCAGUGGGAUCUUUUACCACUGUAAAGAGAAUAGACUAGCAGUGUUCUCAGUGGGAUCUUUUACCACUGUAAAGAGAAUAGACUAGCAGUGUUCUCAGUGGGAUCUUUUACCACUGUAAAGAGAAUAGACUAGCAGUGUUCUCAGUGGGAUCUUUUACCACUGUAAAGAGAAUAGACUAGCAGUGUUCUCAGUGGGAUCUUUUACCACUGUAAAGAGAAUAGACUAGCAGUGUUCUCAGUGGGAGCUUUUACCACUGUAAAGAGAAUAGACUAGCAGUGUUCUCAGUGGGAUCUUUUACCACUGUAAAGAGAAUAGACUAGCAGUGUUCUCAGUGGGAUCUUUUACCACUGUAAAGAGAAUAGACUAGCAGUGUUCUCAGUGGGAUCUUUUACCACUGUAAAGAGAAUAGACUAGCAGUGUUCUCAGUGGGAUCUUUUACCACUGUAAUGAGAAUAGACUAGCAGUGUUCUCAGUGGGAUCUUUUACCACUGUAAAGAGAAUAGACUAGCAGUGUUCUCAGUGGGAUCUUUUACCACUGUAAAGAGAAUAGACUAGCAGUGUUCUCAGUGGGAUCUUUUACCACUGUAAAGAGAAUAUAAUCCCUCCCCCCCCACACCCCCUCAGGACCAUUAGUACACAGUGACGAUAGUCCCAGAUGAUUACGUAAAACUAAAUAUCCAUUAUAAUAGUGUUGCUGUGCUGCCUGGUCUGGCGGUCUAAUGGUGGGCAGAUUAACAACAAUGUGAUGUGGCCUAUGGGUAGAGGGACUCAAAUCAAACCAUAUUUGAUUUGUCACAUGCUUGGUAAACAACAGGUGUAGACUUACAGUGAAAUGCUUACUUACGGGCCCUUCUCAACAGCGCAGAGAGAUGUUUUUGGGGAGAAAUAAUAGACAAGUAAUAACAGCAGGAAUACAUACACAAUGAGUAACCAUAGCUUGAUAUACAGUCGUGGUCAAACGUUUUGAGAAUGACACAAGUAUUGGUCUUCACAAAGUUCGCUGCUUCAGUGUUAUGACAUAGUUUUGUCAGAUGUUACUAUGGUAUACUGAAGUAUAAUUACAAGCAUUCCAUGAGCGUCAAAUACUUUUAUUGACAAUUACAUUACGUUUAUGCAAAGAGUCAAUAUUUGCAGUGUUGACCCGUCUUUUUCAAGACCUCUGCAAUCCGCCCUGGCAUGCUGUCAAUUAACUUCUGGGCCACAUCCUGACUGAUGGCAGCCCAUUCUUCCAUAAUCAAUGCUUGGAGUUUGUCAGAAUUUGUGAGUUUUUGUUUGUCCACCCGCCUCUUGAGGUUCGACCACAAGUUCUCAAUGGGAUUAAGGUCUGGGGAGUUUCCUGGCCAUGGACCCAAAAUGUCAAUGUUUUGUUCCCCGAGCCACUUAGUUAUCACUUUUGCCUUAUGGCAAGGUGCUCCAUCAUGCUGGAAAGGCAUUGGUCGUCACCAAACUGUUCAUGGAUGGUUGGGAGAAUUUGCUCUCGGAGGAUGUGUUGGUACCAUUCUUUAUUCAUGGCUGUGUUCUUAGGCAAAAUUGUGAGUGAGUCCACUCCCUUGGCUGAGAAGCAACCCCACACAUGAAUGGUCUCAGAAUGCUUUACUGUUGGCAUGACACAGGACUGAUGGUAGCGCUCACCUUGUCUUCUCUGGACAAGGUGUUUUCCGGAUGCCCCAUACCAUCGGAAAGAGGAUUCAUCAGAGAAAAUGACUUUACCCCAGUCCUCAGCAGUCCAAUUCCUGUACCUUUUGCAGAAUAUCAGUCUGUCCCUGAUGUUUUUCCUGGGGAGAAGUGGCUUCUUUGCUGCCCUUCUUGACACCAGGCCAUCCUCCAAAAGUCUUCGCCUCACUGUGCAUGCAGAUGCACUCACACCUGCCUGCUGCCAUUCCUGAGCAAGCUCUGCACUGGUGGUACCCCGAUCCCGCAGCUGAAUCAACUUUAGGACACGGUCCUGGCGCUUGCUGGACUUUCUUGGGCGCCCUGAAGCCUUCUUCACAACAAUUGAACCUCUCUCCUUGAAGUUCUUGAUGAUCCGAUAAAUGGUUGAUUUAGGUGCAAUCUUACUAGCAGCAAUAUCCUUGCCUGUGAAGCCCUUUUUGUGCAAAGCAAUGAUGACGGCACGUGUUUCCUUGCAGGUAACCAUGGUUAAUAGAGGAAGAACAAUGAUUUCAAGCACCACCCUCCUUUUAAAGCUUCCAGUCUGUUAUUCUAACUCAAUCAGUAUGACAGAGUGAUCACCAGCCUUGUCCUCGUCAACACUCUCACCUGUGUUAACGAGAUAUUCACUGACAUGAUGGCAACUGGUCCUUUUGUGGCAGGGCUGAAAUGCAGUGGAAAUAUUUUUCUGGGAUUAAGUUCAUUUUCAUGGCAAAGAGAGAGAGAGAGAAAUUCUGGAGUAUAUGCAAAUUGCCAUCAUCAAAACUGAGGCAGUACUUACUGCACCCACUACUGACCCACUACUGUACCCACUACUGUACCCACUACUGACCCACUACUGUACCCACUACUGAACCACUACUGUACCCACUUACUGCACCCACUACUGUACCCACUACUGACCCACUACUGUACCCACUACUGAUCCACUACUGUACCCACUACUGUACCCACUACUGACCCACUACUGUACCCACUACUGUGCCCACUACUGACACACUUACUGCACCCACUACUGACCCACUACUGUACCCACUACUGUACCCACUACUGACCCACUACUGUACCCACUACUGUGCCCACUACUGACACACUUACUGCACCCACUACUGACCCACUACUGUACCCACUACUGUACCCACUACUGACCCACUACUGUACCCACUACUGAACCACUACUGUACCCACUUACUGCACCCACUACUGACCCACUACUGUACCCACUACUGUACCCACUACUGACCCACUACUGUACCCACUACUGAACCACUACUGUACCCACUUACUGCACCCACUACUGUACCCACUACUGACCCACUACUCUACCCACUACUGAUCCACUACUGUACCCACUUACUGCACCCACUACUGUACCCACUACUGCACCCACUACUGUACCCACUACUGUACCCACUACUGACCCACUACUGCACCCACUACUGUACCCACUACUGACCCACUACUGCACCCACUACUGCACCCACUACUGUACCCACUACUGCACCUACUUACUGCACCUACUGCACCCACGUAUUGCAUCCACUACUGACUCACUACUGUACCCACUACUGACCCACUACUGUCCCCACUACUGUACCCACUACUGCACCCACUACUGUACCCACUACUGCACCCACUACUGCACCCACUACUGUACCCACUACUGCACCCACUACUGUACCCACUACUGUACCCACUACUGCACCCACUACUGUACCCACUACUGACCCACUACUGUACCCACUACUGUGCCCACUACUGACACACUUACUGCACCCACUACUGACCCACUACUGUACCCACUACUGUACUCACUACUGACCCACUACUGUACCCACUACUGACCCACUACUGUACCCACUACUGAUCCACUACUGUACCCACUUACUGCACCCACUACUGUACCCACUACUGCACCCACUACUGUACCCACUACUGUACCCACUACUGACCCACUACUGCACCCACUACUGUACCCACUACUGACCCACUACUGCACCCACUACGGCACCCACUACUGUAUCCACUACUGCACCUACUUACUGCACCUACUGCACCCACGUAUUGCAUCCACUACUGACUCACUACUGUACCCACUACUGACCCACUACUGUCCCCACUACUGUACCCACUACUGCACCCACUACUGUACCCACUACUGCACCCACUACUGCACCCACUACUGUACCCACUACUGCACCCACUACUGUACCCACUACGGCACCCACUACUGCAUCCACUACUGCACCCACUACUGCACCCACUACUGUACCCACUUACUGCACCCACUACUGUACCACUACUGAACCACUACUGCACCCACUUACUGUACCCACUACUGUUCCCACUACUGACCCACUACUGCACCCACUACUGUACCCACUACUGCACCCACUACUGUACCCACUACUGUACCCACUUACUGACCCACUACUGCACCCACUUACUGUACCCACUACUGACCCACUACUGCACCCACUACUGUACCCACUACUGCACCCACUACUGUACCCACUACUGCACCCACUACUGCACCCACUACUGUACCCACUACUGUACCCACUACUGUACCCACUACUGCACCCACUUACUGCACCCACUACUGUACCCACUACUGCAUCCACUACUGCACCCACUACUGCACCCACUACUGCACCCACUACUAAUCCCACUACUGUACCCACUACUGCACCCACUACUAAUCUCGCUACUGUACCCACUACUGUACCCACUACUGCACCCACUACUAAUCCCACUACUGUACCCACUACUGCACCCACUACUAAUCCCACUACUGUACCCACUACUGCACCCACUACUAAUCCCACUACUAAUCCCAUUACUAAUCCCACUACUAUCUGAUUACAUUGGAGGCAGCAGCACAAUUGUCAAAUUGAAAUUGUGCAUUUGUUUAGUGUUAAGUAGUGUUUACACUGGCAAAAUAGUACAGUACAUGUCUAGUUACUUAAUUAGCUGCAGGUCCUGUUAAUGUUUGUUAAUCCACAUUGCGUGGGGUACAAUUACGUUUUUCUCAUUCUAAUUUCCUAGAUUUUCCAUAUGACCUAUGACCUGGCCAGUGCCAUGGUGAGGAUCGUGAACCUGAUUGCUAUGAUGCUGCUGCUGUGUCACUGGGAUGGAUGUCUGCAGUUCCUGGUUCCCAUGCUGCAGGAGUUCCCUUCUGACUGCUGGGUCACCAGGAACAAGAUGGUGGUGAGUACACACACACACACACACACACACACACACACACACACAAACACACACGCACACAGAGAGACACCAGUUCAAAUGUCCAGUGUUCCAUAAAUCCAGUGUUCCAUAAGUCCAGUGUUCCAAAUGUCCAGUGUUCCAGAAGUCCAGUGUUCCAAAUGUCCAGUGUUCCAUAAGUCCAGUGUUCGAAAUGUCCAGUGUUCCAGAAGUCCAGUGUUCCAAAUGUCCAGUGUUCCAGAAGUCCAGUGUUCCAAAUGUCCAGUGUUCCAGAAGUCCAGUGUUCCAAAUGUCCAGUGUUCCAGAAGUCCAGUGUUCCAAAAAUUCCAGUAUUCCGGAAGUCCAGUGUUCCAAACGUCCAGUGUUCCUAAAGUCCAAUGUUCCUAAAGUCCAAUGUUCCUAAAGUCCAAUGUUCCAAACGUCCAAUGUUCCAAACGUCCAGUGUUCCUAAAGUCCAAUGUUCCUAAAGUCCAAUGUUCCUAAAGUCCAAUGUUCCAAACGUCCAGUGUUCCUAAAGUCCAAUGUUCCUAAAGUCCAAUGUUCCAAACGUCCAGUGUUCCUAAAGUCCAAUGUUCCUAAAGUCCAAUGUUCCUAAAGUCCAAACGUCCAAUCUUCCUAAAGUCCAAUGUUCCAAACGUCCAAUGUUCCUAAAGUCCAAUGUUCCUAAAGUCCAAUGUUCCAAACGUCCAAUGUUCCUAAAGUCCAAUGUUCCAAACGUCCAAUGUUCCUAAAGGUUAAUGUUCCUAAAGUCCAGUGUUCCAAACGUCCAGUGUUCCAGAAGUGCAGGGUUCCAGAAGUGCAGGGUUCCAGAAGUGCAGGGUUCCAGAAGUCCAAUGUUUCAACAGUAAUAUUUACUUAUUUAGGCCUUUUGCUCCUCCUGGAACAUAGGCAAUCGGCAACAUCUUCUCUUCUCUUCUCUUCUCUUCUCUUCUCUUCUCUUCUCUUCUCUUCUCUUCUCUUCUCUUCUCUUCUUCUCUUCUCUUCUCUUCUCUUCUCUUCUCUUCUCUUCUCUUCUCUUCUCUUCUCUUCUCUUCUCUUCUCUUCUCUUCUCUUCUCUUCUCUUCUCUUCUCUCACUCUUCUUCUCAUCUCCCAUUCCCCUUCUCUCCUCUCCCUCCUACAGAAUGACACGUGGGGCCAGCAGUAUUCCUACGCCCUGUUCAAGGCUAUGAGCCACAUGCUGUGUAUCGGUUACGGUAUGUACCCUCCUGUCGGCCUGGUGGACGUGUGGCUCACCAUCCUCAGCAUGAUCGUGGGCGCCACCUGCUACGCCAUGUUCGUAGGCCAUGCAACCGCUCUCAUUCAGUCACUGGACUCGUCCCGACGGCAGUACCAGGAGAAGGUGAGUGAUUUAAGAUCUGCUAUCUCUGUUAGAUCAGAUAAUUUUCCAAAUUGUAGUGUAUUCAAUGUUUAAAACGGCUUCUAAAGUUGGUAUUUUCUACUGAAAAAUGUCAGACUUGAUUUGCCCUUACGAAAAACGUAUCAACCCCUACAAAGAUGUCCAUGAAUUAUAAUCCACAUAAUAAUUCACAUUUUCUGUUGAGGCAGGAAUAUUUUCAUACUCUGAGAAGCAGAGUUAAAUUAAAAUGCAUCUGUACUGGACUCCGAGUCCAAAGGUCUGUCCAGGGUUGUAAACGGAAAUUCAAAUUCAAAUUUUCCUCAUUGCUUUCCUCAGAGGGCAAUAUGGAGCUACUAUCAAAUUAAUUACACCAAUCCAAUCCUUUCAGAUCUAUACAAGUGCCUAGGUGUUAGGAGCUAUGGGUUGAUUUGGGAUUGGCCAUACGGUAUGUGCAGAGAGAAGGGCUUUUCAGACAGGUGUUGGUUGCUCUGGAAAGAUUCAGUGGGUGCACAGCACAGCACACAGCCUGCAGUCAGGAAAUGGUCCAUAACAUAAGGUCUAUAAAAAUAGAAAUAGGGAAAGAGUGCACGCUGAAAAAGUCAUAAAAGUUCAAGAAGAUGAAUUAUGAAGCUUGCAUUCCAAGAAAUUCUAUUAAAAGUUUAACUUCAAGAGGAAUGGACCUCCUAGGGAUCAGAAGAGAGAGAGAGAGAGAGAGAGAGAGGGAGAGGGAGAGAGAGAGAGAGAGAGAAAGAGGAAAGGAUGAUGAGGAGGAAACAUCUUCCGUCGUCCACUUCUACUGUUGCAUUAUCUGCAGCUACAUCUUCUACUCUCCAUAGGAAAUGAAUGGUGUGUUGCAUUAUCUCCAGCUACAAUGUCUACUCUCCAUAGGAAAUGAAUGGUGUGUUGCAUUAUCUGAAGUGACAUCUUCUACUCUCCAUAGGAAAUUAAUGAUUUGUUGCAUUAUCUGCAGUGACAUCUUCUACUCUCCAUAGGAAAUGAAUGGUGUGUUGCAUUAUCUCCAGCUACAUCUUCGACUCUCCACAGGAAAUGAAUAGUGUGUUGCAUUAUCUGCAGCUACAUCUUCUACUCUCCACAGGAAAUGAAUGGUGUGUUGCAUUAUCUCCAGCUACAUCUUCUACUCUCCACAGGAAAUGAAUGGUGUGUUGCAUUAUCUCCAGCUACAUCUUCUACUCUCCACAGGAAAUGAAUGGUGUGUUGCAUUAUCUCCAGCUACAUCUUCUACUCUCCACAGGAAAUGAAUGGUGUGUUGCAUUAUCUCCAGCUACAUCUUCUACUCUCCACAGGAAAUGAAUGGUGUGUUGCAUUAUCUCCAGCUACAUCUUCUACUCUCCACAGGAAAUGAAUGGUGUGUUGCAUUAUCUCCAGCUACAUCUUCUACUCUCCACAGGAAAUGAAUGGUGUGUUGCAUUAUCUGCAGCUAGAGGACAUACUCUCUACAUAGCUUCACCGUCUGAUAGGAUGGACCUCGAGGGGCCUGUCCCGAAUGGGACUCUAUUCCCCAUACAGUCCUAUGGGCCCUAGUCAAAAGUAGUGCACUAUGUAGGGAAUAGGGUGCCAUUUGGGACACAAUCAAGGACAACCUUAUUAAUGUGAUGACCUACCUGCUGACCGCUAACAACCUUAUUAAUGUGAUGACCUACCUGCUGACUGCUCACAACCUUAUUAAUGUGAUGACCUACCUGCUGACCGCUAACAACCUUAUUAAUGUGAUGACCUACCUGCUGACUGCUAACAACCUUAUUAAUGUGAUGACCUACCUGCUGACUGCUAACAACCUUAUGAAUGUGAUGACCUACCUGCUGACUGCUAACAACCUUAUUAAUGUGAUGACCUACCUGCUGACUGCUAACAACCUUAUGAAUGUGAUGACCUACCUGCUGACUGCUAACAACCUUAUGAAUGUGAUGACCUACCUGCUGACUGCUAACAACCUUAUUAAUGUGAUGACCUACCUGCUGACUGCUAACAACCUUAUUAAUGUGAUGACCUACCUGCUGACUGCUAACAACCUUAUUAAUGUGAUGACCUACCUGCUGACUGCUAACAACCUUAUUAAUGUGAUGACCUACCUGCUGACUGCUAACAACCUUAUUAAUGUGAUUAACCGGGGGAGAUUAUUUCUGCAGCGAGGGCAGUUUGUGGAGAGCACCAUUCCACUCCUUGGUAUUCAGAAUUCUCUCAUGUAGCUUUGAGGAGGAUUAUGAGGACAGUUAACUGUCAACCUAUGAGAGCAAUGAUAAACUGCUACUGCCUGGUUCACUGAAACGCUCAGUAAAAUGCACUCUCAGGCUCAAUACUCAAAGUGUCAUUUAAUAGAUAAUUAUUACACUAAAAUUAUUCAAACAUCAAUUGUUCAUAUUCCUGAUGAGAUUGAGACGGAAACAUAUGUAAUCUGUGGAGCCUCAGGUUCACCUGUGUGCUGGAGGCUAUUGUCAUGACAUACAGUAAUUCUCCAUGUACCUGGGAAUACUAUAUCUGUGCUGUACCAAUGGUACAUUUAUCACCUGUUUUAACAUAAUCUGACAACUGUUUGAUUGAUUGAAUUUAUUUGAUGAUUAAAAGCAGUAGGCUGAUCCAGCCAGAGACACACGUAGUUAUGUUCUUCCUAUUUCCAUUGUGGUCCUCAAAAAACAACCUCCAUCGUCUUAGUCUUCUACAGUAUAAGCAAGUAGAGUAGUACAUGUCUUUCAAUCAAUCAAUUAAUCAAUCAAUCAAGCAACUAAUCCAUUUUCUUUGUAUUCUACAGUAUAAACAGGUGGAGCAGUACAUGUCUUUCAAUCAAUCAAUCAAUCAAUCAAUCAACGAAUCAAUUAUAUUUGUAUUCUACAGUACAAACAGGUGGAGCAGUACAUGUAUUUCAAUCAAUCAAUUAAUCAAUCAAUCAACUAAUCAAUUAUCUUUGUAUUCUACAGUAUAAGCAGGUGGAGCAGUACAUGUCUUUCAAUCAAUCAAUCAAUCAAUCAAUCAACUAAUCAAUUAUCUUUGUCUUCUACAGUAUAAGCAGGUGGAGCAGUACAUGUCUUUCAAUCAAUCAAUCAAUCAAUCAACUACUCAAUUAUCUUUGUCUUCUACAGUAUAAGCAGGUGGAGCAGUACAUGUCUUUCAAUCAAUCAAUCAAUCAAUCAACUAAUCAAUUAUCUUUGUCUUCUACAGUAUAAGCAGGUGGAGAAGUACAUGUCUUUCAAUCAGUCAAUCAUUCAAUCAAUCAAUCAACUAAUCAAUUAUAUUUGUAUUCUACAGUAUAAGCAGGUGGAGCAGUACAUGUCUUUCAAUCAAUCAAUCAAUCAAUCAACUAAUCAAUUAUCUUUGUCUUCUACAGUAUAAGCAGGUGGAGCAGUAAAUGUCUUUCAAUCAAUCAAUCAAUCAACUAAUCAAUUAUCUUUGUAUUCUACAGUAUAAGCAGGUGGAGCAGUACAUGUCCUUCCACAAGCUUCCUGCCGGCAUGCGGCAGAGGGUCCAUGACUACUACGAACAUCGCUACCAGGGCAAGAUGUUUGACGAGGAGAGCAUUCUGGGGGAGCUGAACGAACCGCUCAGAGAGGUCAGUGUGUGUGUGGGUGUAUGUUGGUGGUGUGUGAUUGUCUCUGUGUGAUCUCCAUGUGACAUCAGACCCAUUGUCAUGAUAAUAAUAAUGACUCUCCCUGGUUCUGGUUCUGGUUCUGGUUCUGGUUCUGGUUCUGGUUCUGGUUCUGGCUGAAUCAGGUUUUAAUCUCCAUCAUCUCAGUGACCGCUCCCCCAAAUGGCACAAUAUUCCCUUUAUAGUGCACUACUUCUGAACAGGGCCCACAGGGAAUCGGGUGCCAUUUCUGAUGCCGACCCAUGACUGCAGUUAUUUAUCAUCCUAAUGAUGGCAGGCCUGGAACUGAACUGAUAGCGAUGCCUUCAUCUCAUUAGCUAGUAGAUACCAAAAAAAUGCUGACUUUGUUGAGGGGAGAUUUCUGUUCAAUAUUCUGGGUAGCAACCAUUAUGUGAUUACUUAUCUGUAGCCUGUAGACUACUCUAAGGCUGUCCCAAAUGGCACCCCAUUCCCUAUUUAGUGCACUACUUUUGACCAGGGCCCAUAGGGCACUAUGUAGGGAAUAGGGUGCCAAAUCGUAGUGAACUAGUAAUCGGUAUUGUACAUACACCUGACGGUAACUCCGAUUGGACAAUCGGGCCAGAAUCGGGCUAUAUUUGUUGGGCAGGUUUGCUCAUGUGUAGGGCAGUGUAGGCUGCUGAGGGGAGGAUGACGGCUUAUAAUAAUGGCUGGAACGGAGUCAAUGGAAUGGCAUCGAACACACGGAAACCACGUGUCUGAUAUAUUUGAUACCAUUCUGCCUAUUCCGCUCCAGCCAUUACCACGAGCCCACCCUCCCCAAUUAAGGUGUCACCAACCUCCUGUGGCGCAGCCCUAGUAAAUAAAUAAUCAUGGCAACCGAGGAAGCACAACGAUGCACAUAGGAUGAACACAGCAUCUGUGCGUGCGGACUACUGAUGUCCUGUUCAGUUUUAGGGAAGAUGAGGAUGGCCAGAGGUCAACUCUGAUAGCUUGCUACUGCUAUCAUUUAUUUAAAUAAAAACAAUAUGUUUUGUUGCCCAUGAUGAAAAAAGUAUGAACUCACUACAGUAAGUCGCUCUGGAUAAGAGCGUCUGCCAAAUGACUAAAAUGUAAAAUGUAAAUGAAGCUUUUUAUUAGAGUUAUUGACCUAACAAUAAGCAAGAUUUCAGUAACUUACAUAACUUGCAUUGCAUUGAAGUGGCAGCCGCGGCACAAGCAAUCGGAGAUGGACAGCGCAUGGGUGCUGAAAGUAGGCUAAUUCGAGAAGGCCUAAUUCAUUUAACCAGACAUAAUUUUCAUUCGACGUUACUAACAACAAGAGGGCUUUGUGUUGGAACCUAAGAGGUAGGCCUACCUGUUUGACAGAUUACAUUAUAGUCUACUAUCCAUAGAUUUUGUCUGCAAAUUCCUUCAGUCACCAUGUACUCUUUAAAUAUCUCUGUGUCAGUGAAGGGCUUGGUGUGUUAAAACCAGGAAUCUAAUUGAGGGGGUAUGUGAGGGUAUGCCAUACCUUCGGUGCCAUUGUUGUGAUGAACUUGUGGGGUAGUUGAAGAGAACCUUUAUACACUGAACUAAAAUUUAAACGCAACAUGUAAAGUGUUGGUCCCAUGUUUCAUGAGCUGAAAUAAAAGAUCCCAGAGAUUUUCCAUAUGGACAAAAAGCUUAUUUCUCUCAAUUUGAUUACAUCCCUGUUAGUGAGCAUUACUCCUUUGCCAAAAUAAUCCAUCCACCAGACAGGUGUGGCAUAUCAAGAAGCUGAUUAAACAGGAAGAUCAUUACACAGGUGCACCUUGUGCUGAGGACAAUAAAAGGCCACUCUAAAAUGUGCAGUUUGUCACACAACACAAUGCCACAGAUGUCUCAAGUUUUGAGGGAGCGUGCAAUUAGCAUGCUGACUGCAGGAAUGUCCACCAGAGCUGUUGCCAGAUAUUUUAAUGUUAAUUUCUCUACCAUAAGCCACCUUCAACGUCAUUUUAGAGAAUUUGGCAGUACAUCCAACUGGUAUCACAACCGCAGACCACGUGUAACCACGCCAGCCCAGGACCUCCACAUCCGGAUUCUGCACCUGUGGGAUCAUCUGAGACCAGCCACCCGGACAGCUGAUGAAACUGUGGGUCUGCACAACCAUAUCAUUUCUACAAGCUGUCAGAAACUGUCUCAGGGAAGCUCAUCUGCGUGCUCGUCAUCCUCACCUGGGUCUUGGCCUGACUGCAGUUCAAAUCAAAUCAAAUCAAAUCAAACUUUAUUUGUCACAUGCGCCGAAUACAACAGGUGUAGACCUUACCGUGAAAUGCUUACUUACAAGCCCUUAACCAACAAUGCAGUUCAAGACAGAGUUAAGAAAAUAUUUACCAAAUAAAAGAAAGUACAAAAUAAAAUAAAAAGUAACACAUUAUAAUAACAACAACGAGGCUAUAUACAGGGGGUACCGGUACCGAGUCAAUGUGCGGGGGUACAGGUUAGUCAAGGUAAUUUGUACAUGUAGGUAGGAGAAAAUGACUUCAGUGGGAAAACGCUCACCAUCGAUGGCCACUGGCACGCUGGAGAAGUGUGCUUUUCACGGAUGAAUCCCGGUUUCAACUGUACUGGGCAGAUGGCAUACGUGUAUGGCGUCGUUUGGGUGAGCGGUUUGCUGAUGUCAACGUUGUGAACAGAGUGCCCCAUGGUGGCGGUGGGGUUAUGGUACGGGCAGGCAUAAGCUACGGACAACGAACACAAUUGUAUUUUAUCGAUGGCAACAGAGAUACCAUGGCAAGAUCCUGAGGCCCAUUGUCGUGCCAUUCAUCCGCCGCCAUCACCUCAUGUUUCAGCAUGAUAAUGCACGGCCCCAUGUCGCAAGGAUCUGUACACAAUUCCUGGAAGCUGAAAAUAUCCCAGUUCUUCCAUGGCCUGCAUACUCACCAGACAUGUUACCCAUUGAGCCUAUUUGGGAUGCUCUGGAUCGACGUGUACGACAGCAUGUUCCAGUUCCCGCCAAUAUCCAUAAAUAUCCAGCAACUUCGCACAGCCAUUGAAGAGGAGUGGGACAACAUUCAACAGGCCACAAUCAACAGCCUGAUCAACUCUAUGCGAAAGAGUUGUGUCGUGCUGCAUGAGGCAAAUGUUUGUCACACCAGAUACUGACUGGUUAUCUGAUCCACGCCCCUGCUUUUUUUUAAAGGUAUCUGUGACCAACAGAUGCAUAUCUGUAUUCCCAGUCAUGUGAAAUCCAUAGAUUAGGGCCUAAUUUAUUUAUUUAAAUUGACUGAUUUCCUUAUACAGUUGAAGUCGGAAGUUUACAUACACCUUAGCCAAAUACAUUUAAACUCAGUUUUUCACAAUUCCUGACAUUUAAUCCUAGUAAACAUUCCCUGUCUUAGGUCAGUUAGGAUCACCACUUUAUUUUAAGAUUGUGAAAUGUCAGAAUAAAAGUAGAGAGAAUGAUUCAUUUCAGCUUUUAUGUAUUUCAUCACAUUCCCAGUGGGUCAGAAGUUUACAUACACUCAAUUAGUAUUUGGUAGCAUUGCCUUUAAAUUGUUUAACUUGGGUCAAAUGUUUCGGGUAGCCUUCCAUAAGCUUCCCACAAUAAGUAGGGUGAAUUUUGGCCCAUUCCUCCUGACAGAGCUGGUGUUACUGAAUCAGGUUUGUAGGUCUCCUUGCUCGCACACACUUUUUCAGUUCUGCCCACACAUUUUCUAUAGGGUUGAGGUCAGGGCUUUGUGAUGGCCACUCCAAUACCUUGACUUUGUUGUCCUUAAGCCAUUUUGCCACAACCUUGGAAGUAUGCUUGGGGUCAUUGUCCAUUUGGAAGACCCAUUUGCGACCAAGCUUUAACUCCUGACUGAUGUCUUGAGAUGUUGCUUCAAUAUAUCCACAUAAUAUUCCUUCCUCAUGAUGCCAUCUAUUUUGUGAAGUGCACCAGUCCCUCCUGCAGCAAAGCACCCCCACAGCAUGAUGCUGCCACCCCUGUGCUUCACGAUGGUGUUCUUCGGCUUACAAGCAUCCCCCUUUUUCCUCCAAACAUAACAAUGGUCAUUAUGGCCAAACAGUUCUAUUUUUGUUUCAUCAGACCAGAGGACAUUUCUCCAAAAAGUACGAUCUUUGUCCCCAUGUGCAGUUGCAAACCGUAGUCUGGCUUUUUUAUGGCGGUUUUGGAGCAGUGGCUUCUUCCUUGCUGAGCGGCCUUUCAGGUUAUGUCGAUAUAGGACUCGUUUUACUGUGGAUAUAGAUACUUUUGUACCUGUUUCCUCCAGCAUCUUCACAAGGUCCUUUGCUGUUGUUCUGGGAUUGAUUUGGACUUUUCGCACCAAAGUACGUUCAUCUCUGGGAGACAGAACGCGUCUCCUUCCUGAGCGGUAUGACGGCUGCGUGGUCCCAUGGUGUUUAUACUUGCAUACUAUUGUUUGCACAGAUGAACGUGGUACCUUCAGGCGUUUGAAAAUUGCUCCCAAUGAUGAACCAGACUUGUGGUCUACAAUUUUUUUUCUGAGGUCUUGGCUGAUUUAUUUUGAUUUCCCCAUGAUGUCAAGCAAAGAGGCACUGAGUUUGAAGGUAGGCCUUGAAAUACAUCCACAGGUACACCUCCAAUUGACUCAAAUUAUGUAAAUUAGCCUAUCAGAAGCUUCUAAAGCCAUGACAUAAUUUUCUGGAAUUUUCCAAGCUGUUUAAAGGCACAGUCAACUUAAUGUAUGUAAACUUCUGACCCACUUGAAUUGUGAUACAGUGAAUUAUAAGUGAAAUAAUCUGUCUGUAAACAAUUGUUGGAAAGAUUACUUGUGUCAUGCACAAAAUAGUUGUCCUAACCGACUUGCCAAAACUAUAGUUUGUUAACAAGAAAUUUGUGGAGUGGUUGAAAAACAAGUUUUAAUGUCUCCAACCUAAGUGUAUGUAAACUUCCGACUUCAACUGUAUGUACUGUACUGUAACUCAGUAAAAUCUUUUAAAUUGUUACGUUUAUAUUUUUGUUCAGUGUAGUUUUUUUUUUUUUUUUUUUUGUCAUUUAGCAGACGCUCUUAUCCAGAGCGACUUACAGGAGCAAUUAGGGUUAAGUGCCUUGCUCAAGGGCACAUUGACAGAUUUUUCACCUAGUCGGCUUGGGGAUUAGAACCAGCGACCUUUCGGUUACUGGCACAACGCUCUUAACCACUAAGCUACCUGCCGCCCCCUAGUUCUGAGUAGCUGCUCUGAGCACUGCUCACACUUGGCGAUAAUGGCCGAUUUAAGGCUGAAUAUAUUCAACAUAAAAAUUAUCGGGACGCCGUAAGUGCCCGUGGAGUGCCCGGGAGCCAGUGAGAGCCAGUGAGAGCCAUGAACUGCAAAAUCGGGUAUGUGCUUACACUUUACUGGCUGCGGCGUUCCAUUUUACGCCGGGUUUGCUCUGAUUAUGGGCUUGUUCGACAUUGCAGUUGACGGCGCAAAUCACGUUGCAUCAUAAAUAACAACUCAUUAUUAUUUGUAGAUCAUCAGUCAGUCACAAUUUACCCAUAAUACAUUGCGGUUUUGAUCCUCUCAAACACAGCCUUUAUGAGACCCUACUGAAUGCAUGUCAUGAUACCACUAAGUACCUUGCUGGAACCUUAAUCUAUUUUGAAGAUUUGUUUUUGCUAGAUUUUUCCCUUUAGGGCACAAAUUAGUGUUCAUGUACUUACAAUAUUGUUUUAUUUGUUUUUCUAUCAUAUUACAUAUUUUCUGUCUUUGCAGGAGAUUGUCAACUUCAACUGUCGUAAGCUGGUUGCUUCGAUGCCUCUGUUCGCCAACGCCGACCCCAACUUUGUGACUUCAGUGCUGACCAAGCUGCGCUUUGAGGUGUUCCAGCCCACGGAUAAUGUGGUUAUGGAGGGCACCGUCGGCAGAAAGAUGUACUUCAUCCAACACGGGGUGGUCUGCGUCAUCACCAAGGGCACCAAGGAGACCAAGCUGUCUGACGGGUCCUACUUUGGAGGUAGGAAGGAUGUCAAAGGUCACAGAGCCUCUGUUACAAUAUCCACACUGACAAACUACUAACAAUGAAACAAUCAGUGAUGCAGUGGUAAGACAGUAGGUGGGUAAAUACUGAUCGCCGUUGGUGGUGAGUAAAGUAAGGAUCCCUAUACAAAAGGUGGGUGAACGCGCAAUCCAAAUAUAUAUAUUUUUUGUGAACUUUGUUUAUGUGCGUUUAACCUCCACUAUACCACUGGAAACAGUGUAUUGUAAAUACGUUGCUUUGGGAUGGUAAGUAUUUGAAGUUUGAAGUUUAUUUGCCAUGUGUAAUGAAUACAUUUGGAAAUCUUACUCAUUAGAAAUCUCACAAUAAAAACCCAUGAACUCCGUGAACAUGGAGUUUAUUCUCCUGAAAUAAUUAAUUGAUUCAUUAGAUUAAUAUGACUGUGUGUAACACACUGCUGCAAUAAAUUCUCCAAAAAGCUUGGGAUUGAGUUGGAGUUUAACUUGUGACCAUAGUCCUUUUGUAGUGGGGUUUCCCAUUGUUACCACUAUGUGAAUUAUACUGUAAGGAAUAAUUAUUACAAAAAUUAAUGCAAACAGAAAUGUGUUAGGCCUGUGUCACUGAAAUCUUUUCACUUGUCAUGUUUGCAUGACAUGAAAAAUAAAUGAAAUACCUAAAUUGAACUAAAGGAGGCCAGAGAGAUAAAAAAAUGUCACUAUUUUAUUUCCCUGAUCUGGCAGGCUGUAGCAGGACAGAUGAGGUCAGAACAAAACUCUAAGCUCUAAAAUUGCAUUAAGUGCUCCAUCUGUGGAGUUAGUACAGAAAACACUGCUCUUUUUGUGUUUUAUCGACUUAUGUUGAUAUUAUAAUUUAUAUGACUCUCUCUCCUCUGGUACAUGACAGUACAUAGAAUGAAUUCCAAAAAUACAGUCAUUGAGAUGAAAAACAUACCUUUCAUAAUGAGAAUAUCAGCCAUUUUGUAACAUUUUGUUUUGGGAAAAAAUAUUAAUAAUGUAUUCUGUGUAGCCCUUUUACAUGGGACUAGUGCUUCUCUCCUCAAUAUCCUCAAUAUAAUUAUGGGAAAAUAUAUUUAACAUACGUGGAGGACUUAACAGAAGCCAAGUGGUCGGUUGACAAUCUAUUCCAUAACUGAUGUAUUCUUCCAUUCCCUGCAGAGAUCUGCCUGCUGACUCGAGGCAGAAGAACGGCCAGUGUUCGUGCGGAGACGUACUGCCGUCUGUACUCUCUGUCUGUGGACAACUUCAACGAGGUCCUGGAGGAGUACCCCAUGAUGAGACGGGCCUUCGAGACCGUGGCUCUGGACCGGUUGGACCGCAUAGGUGACAACUACAGUACAGUGGAAAGAGGGCCAUCAACCUGGGAUUGGUUUUCCCAAAGCCUUUGUAGCUAAAGUAGUAUGAUAUUCCUCUCAACAACACAAUUCGUAAAACGAAGCGUAUUGCCGUUGUGUGAGUUUGGGUCAGCGAAAUAAAUAACGUACUAUCAGCAAAAAAUACUUUGGGAAACUCAGUGCGACAGUCCUAGAGCAGCUCUACUGUACUUUCUAGGCUAUUUAUGUACUGUUCUUCAUUUACAUUUUAGUCAUUUAGCAGGUGCUCUUAUCCAGAGCGACUUACAGUUAGUGCAUUCAUCUUAAGAUAGCUAGGUGGGACAACCACAUAUCACAGUAAGUCAAUAUUUCCUCAAUAACCCUUAGCCUAAAAUGUAAUUAACAUUUAAAUAAUCCCCAUCAAAUAUCUGUCUGUUUAAGCUAGAGAUAUUGUUUGCAUGGGGCUGCGUCUCAAUCCACCGCAUCCACCGAUAUGGCCCUUCCGCAUCUGCGGUGAAAGGUGGCAGAUUUAGAGCGGUGUUUGUCAGACCAUGAGACAUCCUGAAAAUCGGUCUUCUCACCAAACGUCUGUAGCGGUCAAACUAUUAUGACCCCGAUGGAAAGAUGAGACUCUCACGAACACGGUGGUGUUCCCCGUUUUGCUCUACAACUCGUCUGAAGUUGGUACAGCCUCCUCUGCCAAAGUCUGUGUGUCGUGUCCGAACGGUUUGGGUUACACACGAAUAUGACCCCUCUGUGGAAAGGUGAGACUCUCAUGAGCACAUACAAGCCUCACAAUACUCUUCUAAAGGUCCUGCAGCGUUUUGCAGGAGUUUAAUGGCACAAGCGGGGAGCCCAGCCAACAGCGAGUUGCAUUAGUCCAGACUGGAGAUGACAAGUGCCUGGAUUAGGACCUGCGCCGCUUCCUGUGUGAGGUUGGGUUGUACUCUACAGAUGUUGUAGAGAAUGAACCUGCAGGAGCGAGUCACUGGUCUGAUGUUUGCAGAGAACGACAGGGUGUUGUCCAGGGUCACGCCAUGGUUAUUUGCACUCUGGGAGGGGGACACCGUGGAGUUGUCAACCAUGAUGGAGAGGUAUUUGAGUGAGCAGGCCUUUCCCGGGAGGAAGAACAGCUCCGUCUUGUGGAGGUUGAGCUUGAGGUGGUGGGCCGACAUCCAAGCUGAGAUAUAUGCCAGGCACGCAGAGAUGCGUGUCGCCACCUGGGUGUCAGAAAUCAAAUCGAAUGUUAUUUGUCACAUGCGCCGAAUACAACAGGUUUAGUCCUUACCGUGAAAUGCUUACUUACAAGCCCUUAACCAACAAUGCAGCUCAAGAAAUAGAGUUAAGAAAAUAUUUACUAAAUAAAGUAAAAAAUUAAAAGUAAUAAAAUAACAGUAGAGAGGCUGUAUACAGGAAGUACCGGUACUGAGUCAAUGUGAAAUAACAGUAGAGAGGCUGUAUACAGGGGGAACUGGUACAGAGUCAAUUAGAAAUAACAGUAGAGAGGCUAUAUACAGGGGGUACCGGUACAGAGUCAAUGUGAAAUAACAGUAGCGAGGCUAUAUACAGGGGGUACUGGUACAGAGUCAAUGUGCGGGGGAAGGACUUGAGUGUAAUCCGUAUAGCAAUGAUAGGAGAGACCAUGUGAGGAUAUGACGGAGCCGAGUGACUUGGUGUAUAGAGAGAAGAGGGCCUAGAACCGAGCCCUGGGGGACACCAGUAGUGAGAGAACGUGGUGCAGACACAGAUCCUCUCCACGUCACCUGAUAGAAGCGGCCUGCCAGGUAGGAUGCAAUCCAAGAGUGUGCAGAGCCUGAGACGCCCAGCUCUGAGAAUGUGGAGAGGAGGAUCUGAUGGUUCACGGUGCUGAAGGCAACGGAUAGAUCUAGGAGGAUGAGAACAAAGGAGAGAGAGUCAGCUUUGGCAGUGUGGAGAGCCUCCGUCUCUCAGAGAAGAGCAGUCUCAGUUGAGUGACACAUCUUGAAGCCUUACUGGUUAGGGUCAAGAAGAUGGUUCUGAGAGAGAUAGCGAGAGAGUUGGUCAGAGACGGCACGCUCAAGUGUUCUGGAAAGAAUAGAAAGAAGGCUGGUCUGUAGUUUAUGACGUCAGAGGUCAGAGUGUUGGCUUCUUGAGGAGGGGAGCGACUCAAACCAUUUUGAAGUCAGAGGGGACGCAGCCAGUGGUCAGGGAUGAGGGAAGUGAGGAAUGGGAAAAGGUCUCCAGAGAUGGACUGGAGAAAGGAGGAGGGGAUGGGGUUGAGCCGGCAGGUUGUUUGGUGGCCAGGCCUCACUAGUCGCAGGACUUCAUCUGGAGAGCGAGGGGAGAAAGAGGUCAAGGCGUAUGGUAGUUCUGUGUGAGUGGGACCAGUGGACGAGGAGCAGAUGUCGUCAACCUUCUUUUCAAAGUGUUUGACAAAGUUGUCCGCAGAGAGGGAGGAGGGAGGGUGGAGGAGGUGGAGGAUUAAGGAGGGAGGAGAAGGUGGAAAAUAGUUUCCUAGGGUUAGAGGCAGAAGCUUGAAAUGUGGAGUAAUAUAAAGUGGCUUUAGCAGCAGAUACAGAGGGAGAAAGUGGCGUUAGCAGCGGAUGCAGAGCAAAAUAAGGUAGAGAGGAGGGAGUAAAAGGAUGAUAGGUCCUCUGGAAGUUACGUUUUCCUCCCCGCAGCUCUGUUCUGUAAGCUCACAAUGAGUCACUCAGCCAUGGAGCAGGAGGGGACGGCCGAGCUGGCCGGGAGGAAAGGAGACAGUGUGAGUCAUAGGAUGUGGAAAAGGAGGAGAGUAGGGUCGAAGAGGCAGAAUCAGGAGACAGGAGGGAGAAGGAUUUAGCAGAAGGGAGAGUAUCUGGAUAACAUGUGUGAAAUGCUUGAUAAUGUAUGUGAUAUCAAUAGAGAGGUAUACUUUCUGGGUGAUUUAAAUAUUGACUGGCUUUCAUCAGGCUGCCCACUCAAGAGAAAGCUUCAAACUGUAACCAGUGCCUGCAACCUGAGAGGUGAAGAGCACACCUCCCAGUACUAAUUGCUGAUUGCCUAGGAGAGGAGAAAUCACUCCCCCUCCAGUACAGAUACUGAUUACCAAAACAACAACAGUCACAAAUUGCCCUGCCCCUUAAUCCUGGUUGAUUUAUCAACAAUCAGCUGCAAGUUAUGAGCAGUCAGCAGUUCACACACGACGUAGGCUACUGGGAAGACAGACAGCAUUUCAAGUAGACAACCCUAGAUAGCAACAAGACAGUACUAGACCACAACGGAUAAAGAUAUAAAUUAUACUUAUCCCUCCUGGAGAUAGUCGUCUAGCUAUAGAAUGAAGCACAUGCAUGUGAAUUAUAACCUGGAAGGAUUUGAACUAGCUGAAUAUGUGAAAAGCAAGUGUGAGAAUUAAAGUUGGUGAUCUCUUAUGUCAGCACAUUUGACCGUUUUAAUUUCAGAAGGGGAGCGUUAUCUCACUGUCCUGAGGUGAAAGCAUUGUGAAAGCAUCGUGUUAAAAAGCCCCUCAUUUAGCUGUGAUUUAAUGGAUGACAGGCAGGGUUUAAUAUACCUUACUAAUUCUGGUUCUCUCUCAUUCUGAAUAUAAUAUGACAGCAACACCCAAAGAUGACCGCAACUGUCGUCUUUAGGUCAGAAAAUCUACUCUCUGGGUGCUUUAGAGGGUUUGGAAUCUACAAGACAGACCCUAACCCUAACCCCAUCCCUUUCCUCACAUUACUACUACUCUCUCUUCUUCUCUACAGGAAAGAGGAACUCUGUUCUCCGACACAAAGUCGCCCAGAACUCAGGAGCUGUGAACCUCCAGGAGAAUGAGAUCAUCCAGAGGAUUGUACAGCACGACCGAGACAUGGCUAUCCAGAGCAACAUCUCUCCCCAGUCCCUGGACCCCCCAUCCCCCACCUCCACCCCGGGGGUCAUCUGGGCUCCGCUGGUCCAGGGCCCCCUCCAGGCCGCUGCAGCCACCACCUCCCUGGCUCUGGCCUUCUCCCACUCCCAGCUCCAAACCCAGCUCCCGCCCAUCCUCUUCCACCGUCCGCUCUCCAUCUCCAGGUCGUUCAAGGAUCCAGGAGGCCACCAUCUGCAGAGGGGCAUGUUUGUGGGCGUGUCUGCAGCUGGAAGUGUGGGCGUUCCCAGCUAUGGCUCCGGGGCUGCAUCCCCGGCCGGUUCUGUGAAGUUCCGUUCUGGAGUGGACACUCCGAUAUUAGCCUCGCUCCGGGCGCAGCAUCUAGUCUCCACCACCUCCUCCAUGUCUCCUCUGUCACCCAUGACCUCCAUGUACCAGCCCACCACAACCAACAACUUCCAGGCCCAGCACAGCGGAGGCUCUCCCUUCCCCCUGGGCCAGGCCUCCAUCCAGGGGUAUCCACCCUCCUCCUCCUCCUGUACGGCCCUGCUCCACCAACACCACCCCUGCAGCCCACCAGGUUCCCACCAGCAGGGGGCGUCAGGGAGGCCCACCAUGGACUCAGGGAGGUUCUCAGCCCACUCAGCCCCCUCUGGUUCCACCCUAAGCCCUCUCAUCUGUAGCUCUGUCAGCCCUAUCCUGAGCCAGCUACAGCAACACGCCUCCUCUUACUCUCACGCUACCAGCUCUCACCACAUCCAGAGGGGGAUGGGCUCUGGUGAACAUCAGGAGAGAGCAGGCCUCCUCCUCCCCCCCCACUCCCACUGUUCCUACACCAGCACCAGCCCUAGCUACACCACCCAACACCACAGCUCCAGUGGGUUUCUAUCUGUACCUAUCCCACAACAGGCCAGCGUUGGAGGUGUUGGAGCCCCAUCCUCCCUGGUGCAACACAGUCUGGCAGGUCUGCAGUCCAGCCUCCAUUCCGGCCUCCACCCCGGCCUCCACCCCGGCCUCCACCCCGGCCUCCACGCCGGCCUCCUCCCGCAGGUUCUCCCGGAGCACUCUGCCCAUUCUUCCCACUCUGCCCUGGCCUCGCUGGCCCAGUACGGAUCAGGGGAUGGCUCCCCGUCCUGCACCCCGCCGGUGGCACCCAGCCCCACCUUCCAGAGCCCAGUGGCAGGCAGGACGGUGCUUCCCCAUCAUCACCACAGCCAGCUCAGCCAUCUCAGCCAGCUCCACAGCCAACCCUCCAGCGCCAUGGGCUCGCACAGCUCCCUCACCCCACAGACGUCAUACCCCGCUCGGGUAGACCGAAGGGCAGAGUCCUUAGUGGAUCUCUUCACCCAGGAUGUCAGGACUAUCUCCACUGUUUCCACCUCUGGCUCACGCAGCUACCUUCCCCAGGAAGGGGCUCUCUCCAUACCUUCAUGGGGGUCUGGUUCUUCUCACUUCUCUUCUCACCCCUUCUCCUCUCCUCCCAUGGCAGGGGGUAGCAGUAAUAAACUCCCAGGCCACGCCACCCCUCUGAGUCACUACACUCCCCCGGGAUCUGAACUUCCAACUCCCAUGAACCAAGGCGCACCGACCUCUUCGCAUCCCAACCCCAGUCGCCCUGCUACCCCGGCCAAGACAUCCGAGGCAGACUACAGACUCUCCAAACUCCCCUCCAACCUG